AUGGCUGGAGGAAGGAACAAUACGAUAGUCAUCAGAUUCAUCCUUUUGGGAUUCUUAGAUUAUCCCAAGCUCAAGAUUGCUCUCUUUGUCAUAUUCUUGGGUUCUUACCUCUUGACAGUGGCCUGGAACUUGGGCCUCGUCAUCCUGAUUAAGAUGGACUCUCACCUACAUACGCCCAUGUACUUCUUUCUCAGUAACUUAUCCUUCUUAGAUUUCUGCUAUGUUACCUCCACAACCCCGAAAAUGCUCUCAGACUUCUUCCAGACGCCUAAAUCCAUCUCCUUUCUGGGAUGCACCAUGCAGUACUUCUUCUUCUCUAGCCUGGGUCUGACUGAAUGCUGUCUCCUGGCAGCCAUGGCUUAUGACCGAUAUGCUGCCAUUUGUAAUCCUCUACUCUACACCACCAUCAUGUCACCCACCCUCUGUGUGCAGAUGAUGGUUGGAGCCUGUAUAUCUGGUGUCUUUGGUUCAUUGGUCCCAUUGUGUGCUUUACUUCAGCUCAAUUUCUGUGGGCCCAAUGUUAUCAACCACUUCUUCUGUGACCUGCCUCAAUUAUUAGUCCUCUCCUGCUCUGAAACCUUUUUCCUAAAAGUCAUGAAGUUUGUGAUAGCAGUGAUUUUUGGUGUAAUAUCUGUCUCAGUCAUCAUGAUAUCUUAUGGUUAUAUCAUUGCCACCAUCCUGAAGAUCAGCUCUGCUGAAGGCAAGUCCAAGGCUUUCAAUACCUGUACUUCUCACUUGAUGGCAGUGAUCUGUUUUUUUGGAUCAGGACUCUUUGUCUAUAUGCACCCUAGCACUGAUAAUAAUUCUCUGGGCCGUGACAAGAUGGCUUCUGUAUUCUAUACAGUGGUGAUCCCCAUGCUGAAUCCUUUGAUUUACAGUCUAAGGAACAAGGAGAUCAAAGAUGCCUUGAAAAGGUGUAAGAAGAGGGCCUUUUCCCAUUGUCAUAGUAAAGUUCUGGAAGGCUAG